AUGUCCACUGAAGACGUUACUCCUGUUCAAGAUGAUGAAAAUGAGUCCAACGAGGAAGUACCAAAAGUAAAGCGAUUGCCACGGAGUGCGAAAAAACGACUACGUUACGAGCGUCUUCGUCAACAGUAUAAACAAGCACCUAAGAAGAAGAAGAAAUCUCGUCCAUCUUUCAAUCUGCCGUCAUCGGAUGCUACUGAAACAGUAUCAUUGACUGGAAAAUUGUUCAAACGAACCGUCAACGAGCGUUUAGCAGAAAUUAAUCGAGAAACAACAACACCUGUGAUAUGUAUCGAUUGUGCAUACAAUGAAUCUAUGUCGGGUAAGGAAAUUGCUAGCCUUGCUCGACAAAUCGGACGAUGCUACAGUUCAAAUCGUCGAGCUCCUAAGCCUGUACGACUUACUUUAACAAAUUGGUCCAAUGAAAGUCCUCUAGCUCAAGAAUGCCGUCGUGUUAAUAGUGGCUUCGAGAACUAUCAAAUCAUUCUUUGUGAUAAACCGAUUCAUGAAUGUCAUCCGUCUGAUUCUUUGAUUUAUUUGAGUCCAAAUGGUGAUAAAGUAUUGACCGAAGUGAACGAACAAAAUGUAUACGUUAUCGGUGGUCUCGUUGAUGAAAGUGUGCGAAAAAAUAUGACGUUUCAAACGUGUCAAAAUAUCAACAUUGCUUGUUACAGACUACCGAUUGAAACUUAUAUGGAACACUCCGCUGAUGGCGGCACGUUCAAUCAAAUUCUAACGAUAAAUCAAGUGUUCGACAUUUUACAGUCGUACAUGACAACACAGGAUUGGGGAGAGACAUUGAAGAAGCACGUACCUGAACGUAAGGGUUGGGUCGUGAAGAAAAUUGAAGAUUCUAAUGAUAAUAAAAAUAACAUCGAAACUGUCUAA